GAGAGGAGGAGGAUCACCAACACCGAGCUCUCCAUCCCAUGUGCUUGGCAGAGGAAAAGGAUAAUGGUCUCGGGUCCUGUCAUGUGCUGCUAGAAUAAAGCUGAAUAACGUCGCGUGGGUAUAACAAAGGACAGCAGUGGGAAUAAUCCAUCUUCUCUUUUCCUCAAAAUGCUUCCCUGCUCUUCAUCCGCGCAGAUGGAGGGAUGCGAGGAGGCGCACAUGCACACAGAGUGCAACAGACUGACGGAGGAGAGAGACGAGGCCGAGAGACAACUCAAACACAUCAAGAGAGUGUCUCAGAUGGUGAUUGAGGAGGUGAGUGUUUUGCAGACUCAGCUGGAGAUCGAGAAGUCCUGCCGGGAGAAUGCAGAGGCGCUGGCCACAAAGCUGAACUGUGAGAACAGGAAGCUGAAGUACCUGAGUCUGUCGUCCCGCACCAGCCUGGAGGAGAUCGCCCCCACCAUCGAGGCGGACAGCGCCGACACCAGCCCCGACAACUUCACCCAGUACCAGCAGCAGAUCAAAGAACUGAGGGAGACGGUGAACACGCUAUUGGACGAGAAGAAGAACUUUGUGUGCCAGGUUCAUGAGCAGCAGAGGCGGAUAGAAGAGCUGACUUCACAGUCGGAGAAAGAUCAGGCGGAGAUGAAGGAGCUUCGUGAAACUGUGGACCAGCAGCGUAAAACCAUCAAGAGGUUCAACAGAGUCUCCAUGAUGGCGACCCAGGAGUACGACGGGAUGAAGGAUCAGCUGGACCUGGAGCAGAGUCUCAGGGUCAAAGCGGAGACGUACGCACACGAGAUGCUGGUGAAGCAGAAGGAGGCCAACAGGCAGAGCAUGCUGCUGCUGCAGAGUGCUGAGCCCAGCAUUCAGCUCCUCAAAGCUCUGGAGGACGUCGCUGCCGUCACCAAAACUCUGGAGGAGGAGCGUCUGCAGCAUCAGCAGAAGGUGGAGAGCCUUGAGGCGCAGUUGGAGCAGAGCUGUGUGAAGAAGCAGCUGGAGGCUCUGCAGAGGCAGCUGGAGCUCCUGGAGGAGGCCAAGAAGGAGGUGGAGGGACGACUGGAGCAGGAGGAGAAGAAGAACGAGGAGCUGGAGAACAGAGUCCACAAGCUCCAGGAGAAGGAGGUCGCCAUGCCGACCAUCACGGAGCCCCCUCCCCCUGAACCCGGAGUCGCCCCUCCUCCAGCCCCUCCCCCACAGCCACCUCCCCCUCCUCCUCCUCCACCUCCUCCCCCACCGCCACCUCCCCCCUCCAGAUGCAACCCCCUCAGCUCUCUGAUCGCCAUCAUGAGGAAAUCAUCCAAAGGCUCCAAAACCUCGGUGAAGACGGAGCAGCCUGCAGAGGGCGAGGGUGGCGACGUGAAGGCGAAGGCGGUGAACGAGAUGAUGGAGAGGAUCAAACAUGGCGUUGUCCUGCGGCCCGUCAAGAGUCAGGAGAGCAAGAGAGUAGCAGUAAAACCGCCUCAAAUCUGCGAGGAGAAACCGCAGGAGAGCGCCAUGGAGGAGCUGAAGGGCAUCCUGGAGACGGUGAAGCGGAGCCCCAGCCGAGGCUCUCAGGAGUCGGGGCCGCCUGGUCCCUCGGGUCCCUCGGGUCCCUCGGGUCCUUCGGGUCCUUCGGGUCCGUCGCUUCUGGGGAAGAAGGACAGCGAGCUGGAGGUGAUCCUGAGGCGCCGCCGCAACAAAGCAGGAGAGGCCGGCUCUGGAGAGGAUCGUGAGGGUCUGAUGAGCCACGUCUCCUCCCUGGACAGUCUGAAUGGGAGGCGCACCAGCAGCGAGUCGGGCAAAGAUCCGGAGGGUUCGGGGGUGCUGAGCGUCCCGUCGGACUCUGCUGGUCCCCGGGUCAGCCCGGAGAGACGGGGGUCCGGACCGGGUCCCGCCGUCGUGGCUCGGAGGAAGAGCUCAGAGGCGAAAGAGCCGAGAGCGGGAUCCUGGCAGGAGAGGAGGUCCUGCAGCUCGCUGUCUGAAGCUGCUGAGUCUCCCACCAGCAACGGCUGCUCCAACAGUGCGGGCGAGGAAGAUCAAACUGCGACUGAGAAGUGCGUCCAGUCAAACGGAGUCGAUCACGCCGAACCCGGAGAGGACGCUCACGCCACCGUCAGCGCCGCCCCGGUGAACGGCAGCAGCGAGUGCUAGGCUGGACUCUGAGGAUCCCGGGCUUUGUUUGUGUUACCUGAUCCAUCACUGGCAAUGAUUGGCUGACCUGAGAGUGACUCUGAUCUCACUCUCUCUGAUCAGAAGGUUUGAAGUGCGGUCACACGUUUGCCUUUUUGUUUAUCGGAUCAGAACCAGACGGGGGAACUUUGUUGUACUUUUGUAUUUGUGUUUUUUUCAAAAUUAUACUUAAUACCCGGUUCACACGGCUCCGUUAACGAACAUGUAGCUAAUUUAUUGAACACGCUCGAGCUUUUCUAAAUCUUUUUCCUGAAGCUUUAUGUUGGAAAAGCUGAAUAUAAAAUGCAGAUAACCUGUUCAGAACAUGCUUGCUGUGAACGCAGCGUCACAUUUCUAGCCUUUGUAGAAGCCCCGCCUCCUCAAAAACCAAUGCACCUGUCACUCAUCAGUGGUUUAGAGACUCAUUAAAUAAAGCAUGGGUCAGUGCAGGUACUGUGACAAUAAUAGGAAAGUAAUAAGGGAUGCAAUACAUAAAUGAAACCUGGUAGAAACACAGAAGAGUGCCUGCAAAAACCCGUGUCAAUCAAAACGUCAUGCUAAUUUUACACGGAAUAAAUUAUAGAAGAUGCUAGGAUAAGUUUUCAAACGGACGAUGUGUUGCAGUCGCAGUGUUUGCAUUAAUUACAAAGCAUAAUCAGCUGUUGUCUUGAUCACUUUUGUAUUGUGCAGGUGAACCCUUGAGCUCAACUGGGCUCAUCACCAAGCUUUAAAAGUUCAUAAAGGGACUAUUUUAGCAUCUUAAACAACGUCUGAGCCUUAAAGUGAUUGCAGUUACACCCGUGGCUGGGGAAAAUAGUUUGGAGAUAAUAAAACCUUACUAAUAACACAAUUAACUCGCUGGCUCUAACCAGUAUGAGCAAAAAAGCCCUGAUGAAGUUCAUGAAUUAAACAUACAUUACCAAUUAUCUUGCUUUGAAUUAUCCAAUAUUCACUAACUGCUUCCCCCAUGUCUCCGAGUCGCUGAUUGGUGGCCAUGAAAAGAGAUUUUAUUGUAUUUAAGGUAAAAAAUAUGGUCAACAAUUAGGUAUAAAAAGCCCAUUGUAGAGAUUGCAUGUCUUAGGAAAAACUUCAGAAACAUGCAUUAAGGUUUUGGACAUUUUAGGGUUUUGUUUUGAUAAAAAGUAUGAAAAAUUGCUUCAGAAAAAAUACAUUUUUCAUACUCCUUUUUGCUUUUUUCAUAGCUUUAUACCUUAAGUUGCCUCAAACCCAUUCAAAUAAAACAAUGGCUCUUUAAUUGAGCUUGCAUGGGAUUUAUAACGCAAUUAAGUAAAGUUUUAAACCAUAAAACUGCAUGUUUCAAAGGUUCAAACUACCCAUAAUAAUCAACAAACUUUACCUAGUGACAUCGAGGGGCUUUCUACAAUGGCUGCUGUUAGAUAAAUACAACUCCAGCUUUUAUCGGUUAUUUUAUUCAAAGGUUCCUGAAAACAAACCUGUGGAUCCUGCAGGACGGACUGAAGGGAAGCUGCACCUUUUUUUGCACAGAACCUCUUCAACUUGUACAAUGACUGCAAAGCUUUUUGUUUUUAUAUCUUCGAUGCACAAAUGAUCUGUUCAAUAUCACUUUGUGUCAUCAGAAGGAAUGCACUGUACGGUUUAGAUCCAGAACCUCUUCUUUUACCUACUGUACUCCCAUGUGUGACGGGGCUGCCCAGCUGACUCACGGGCUAUCAGGAUGCUUUGAGCUUCAUCGGUGGCAAUAUAGGAGCAAUUUAAUUAAAGGGUACUUUUCCUUCAACAGCUAAGGCAGAAGAUCUUGACUAGGGUUAGGGGUUGGGACACAUUUGAACAAACUCAACUCAAAAUACUUAGAAAUUCCUUAAUUACUUCCAAAGCAUUAAUGUAAAACCCUAAGACUUAGAUGAGGAAGCAGUGUGCAAAGCUACCUAAAGACAUGACUUCCAUUGGGUUUGUCUUCUUUGGAGCAGAUCAUAGGUGAGAGGAGAGUCAGUUUCAAUAUUGAAUGUGUUUUUAUAUAUUAAAUGUAAAAAACAAACCUAAUCUGGGACUAAAUACAGUUCCUUUGACACCUAAUUGACGAUGCAGUUUGAUCGAGAACAGUAUUUUAAAGAGACCAAGCUCCAAAAAGCUUCUUCUAUCGGUGCAAACUGUUCAUAGAUCAAUGAGUCGUCCCAGCCCUAAUCCUCUCGAUUGACAUUAAAACGUUAUGAUAAGUUCAAAGCUACUUGACUUCCUGAGGAAAAUGUAUCUACUGAUGAAGUCCAAAAGUUGUGUUCAAGAACUGUCCUGAAGCUCUCGAGAUGUCUUGAGUCUUGAUUGUGCAGCCCUGACUGUAGUAUCGAGGUGUUUAGAGUAUCUCAACGUGAAAUUCCUCUGCUUAGUCCAACUCUUCCUUAGCCUAAACGGAGAGAGGCUGAGUGAACAACCCAGGAACAACAUACCCAGGAAGAACUGUAGGAAAGCUCUUUCCUCUAUCGCUGCUGAGGCUCCGUCCAGGUUUCAGCGUGUCGACUAUCAGACUUUUUGAGGCGCAAAUCAGACAGAGGUGGAGUAGAAAUGUGGAUAAUAUUUCAGGUUCAGAGGAACAACAGCAAUGACAGUAGCACGGCGCUAACAGACAACAGGAGUGUUCUCAGGGUUUCAACCAAAAACCAGUCUGCAGGCAGCGAAGCGUUUGGGAGAAACAACCAGGAAGCCAUUUUUCUACGAAUGAGCGAAGGAAAAGAGCUGCUCUGAGGGAACGAGGUGCUUGUUUUUCUUUGUCUACCUCUCCACAAACACCUGCCUCCUUACCUGAAGUACAUUGUGUGGUGUGUGAUACUGUCCCUCCACCAGAAAUGAGAUGUCUUCCUCCACUGAGUCCUGUGUGCACAUCUCAUGGUUUCUCGGUCACUCACCGUCACAUCUUCACCGUGCAUUCCUUGAAUUUCUUUUAUUUCGUAGGCUCUGUACUGUCUAUAUAUAGCUUUCCUGACAGGUGAUGCAACAUUAGGAAACAUUUUCGAAGAGUAUGCAAUUACAUAAGGCACAUUUGUAUGAUGAUUUCACACCCUGUCAUUCUUUCCUAAAACACGGGAUCACAUUUAAAAGUGCAUUUUGUUCCGUCCAUUCGGUGUAUUUUAUUCUAAUGCAAAGGACCGAGAUUGAAGGCUGCACAUUAUAGAACCCGCUGAGCGUCCACAGGCCUGAAUAGGAAGCAUAUCGAGGCCUUGCACAGGCGGGGCGGGGGAGAUGGGUUAUGGAUUGGGUCCUAAUUGUUAACCACGUGGCUAGAAAUUCACUGUAUCUGACAGAGUUUGGCUGACUAUAGAUAUCGUGUGUGUUUGGGAUAUAAAUGGAGUGGUUAAAAGUUUCUUAAAACAUGAAUUUUAAUUUUAGCAUCACUUCAAAUAAAUUG